AUGGGCCUGUUUCUCAACAAGAUCGUCAUUCCCGGCUACUUCAGUCAUCUGCGCAGUAUGGUCGGGUCCUUAAGCAGGGGGAUAUCCCGAAAGGCGACGCUUGAGUAUUACGCCCAGGUCGCGGACGAGGAAACCGCCAAAGCAGUCGACGGUUGGACCUGCAAAAGCGAGGCCGAAAAGUCCGUGGCUCUGUUUGAGGAAAUCUCGUUUCUCGUCCACAAGAUCAUCGUGCGCUGCCUGAUGGGCCAGGACUUCUACGACCACCAUGUCAGGGAGCUGUACGAUCUACUCCGCACCAUGGAGGCCAAUGUCGGCAGCAUCUGGCACACCGUCCUCCCCGGGUGGGUGGCCCACGGCCCAGCACGUAGGCUGUGGAGAUGCCGACAGCGUGUGCAAGAGAUCUUUGACUUCCGCCUGCGGGAGCGAGAGAGAUCUCCAGAAGAGUGGAAGAAGAGGCUGGACUAUAUCUCGUACACUCUGCAAGACCCUGCCACGGCGCAUCUGAGCCGGUUUUACGGUGCCCAUCAUACUCUGCUGAUGUUUGCGGCACACACCAGUACAGUCGCUAGUAUAUCGUGGAUUCUGCUGGAAAUCCCCGCACCGACUCCAGCGCCUCCGAGAGGAACUAGCAACGCACGCGCUGGAGCAGUCACCCUUCCUCGAUGCCCUCGUCAAAGAAACAGGCCGGCAUUACUCUGGUAA